AUGAUCAUCCCUUCCUCCAGGCUCCUCUGCGGAGCUGCUCUCGCCCUCACCACUCUCUUCUCCACCGUCGACGCAGCAGACUGCUCAACCGGGCCUUUUGCCCACGUCUGGAAAAUCGGCGACUCAAAAGCUGGCGAGAACACGGAUAAUGUGGAAUUUUGCUCCUCGCUCUGGGACGUGGGAAUCCCCGUGACAGGUCUCGACGUCUGGUACGACGAAGGCGAGGGCAUCAACGCGCUGCAGAUUCAGUACGCCAACGGCGACCGGCACGGAAUCUUCGGCGUGCCCGGGUCGAGCCCGCAGCACCAGAGCAUCGACUGGGAGUACAGCAAGACAUUCAUCGAUAGCUUCAGUCUUUGGGGAAAUGGUGGGGGGAAGAAGCUCGGGAAUAUCCGCAUGGUGCUGACGGAUGGCCGCGAGUUCGAUGUUGGAAACAGGCAUGAUACGCGCUCGAAGAAGACGGAGUUCCCCAUCGAUGUCGGCGCGGGCGUGAUGCUGGGUUUUGGCGGCUGGGGUGCAAAUGACAUCAAGCAGGGCUAUGCGCUGUUUCUGCGCAGCCAGAUCGACCACAUCACCAUGACGGACCCCGUGUUCGACGAGUCGCCUGAGAACUUGAAUGCGCAGCAGAAGGGCAUUGAACUCCAAAUCGUCGACUCGUACGACCACGCCAACGACCUCAACGCCACCAUAAACUGGUCCUUUGAAACGACCGCCUCCGUCCACACCUCGACCUCCACGACCACCUCCGUCACAAAAACCUUCGGCACCUCCGUCUCCGUGAACUGGGAGGCCUCUAUCCUCGCCUUCAGCGUCGGCGGUGGCGUCGAGCUCUCCUACGGCUACAGCCAGACCAACGAGAAGGUCGAGACCAAGGAGACGGAGGUCUCGCGCACGAUCACGUACGAGGCGCCGAUCAAGCCGGGUAAACACGUCUGGUGCCAGGCGACGGCGAAAAGUGGGAAGGCGGAUCUGGGGUACACGGCAACGAUUAAUCUGUGGUUGAAGGAUGGGACGAGCUGGAGCUGGAAGGAGCAUGGGGUUUAUAGUCAGCAGGCUUGGGGCGAUACGAGCAGCCAGUGUCAGGAGAAGCCGUUCUCGAACGCGAGGAGGUCGGUUGAGUGGCAUGCUUAG